AGCACCACCGAAAGGAAGUGCAACAGUCGCAGGGAAGUCGUUAAAAAGGCAAAGUGUGUUUCGAUGUGCGGUUAAACAAGCCACCUCCAGUAACACUUCUACACACACCUCCUACCUACCGCGUACCGCCAUCGGAUAAGAAAAGAUUAGCCAAAAACAAAAAAAAAACAAAAACCCGAAACAAAACAACAAACAACACAAAAAGAAGAAGCGGAGCAAAAAAAAACGAGUUCCUCCCUCGAGCCCCAACACCCUUAUCCUCCCCCCCACCCCCUCAAACCCCACCAUCCUCUCCCAUCCCCAGACCCCAACUGGCAAAAACGAGCAGAAACGCAGGAAAGCAGAAAGGGGGGCGAGGGGAAGCAAAAAAAAAAAGGAAAGGAGGCGACAGGGGGUUUUUUUGCCCCUUUUCUUCUUCCCAUUGUGCGGCAAAAGAGGUUGUCCUUGCACGCGUGUGUUCUAUUUGUGUGUGUCUGUGUGAGUGAUUGUGUGUGUUUGUGUGUGUGUGUGUUUUUGUGUGUUUAAGUGUGUGUAUUAUCAUCCCAAAACACGUCCUUCCCUAACAAACCAACAACAACAACAACGAAGCAAACAAAGAACACAAACUCGGGCCCUCCCCCCCCUUGAAGCACAGGCGGCCGCCGCGCCCCCGCAGAACAAAAGGGGUUAAAAGCACACACACACACACACACACACAUACACCUUUCCACACACACACUACCGCAAACACACAGCCGAGAACGCGAGGAGGUGGGGCGGGCCGCCGCUGGGACGCAAUGGUCAGCUCGACCGUUGCCUUCGACCGGAAGCCACCGGCCGCCGCACCGGUAGAGAGUGCCGGCGCGGCCGACCGCCACGAUGAUAGCAGCCCCUUAUCCUCCACCACCUCCUCCUCCUCCCUGCCUUUCAGCGGUGCGGCAGUCGAGACGGCAGGCGGCGGUGCGGUGCUGACGACGGGAACGGACGCAACGACGGCAGCGGCGGCGGCAGCCGGGCACGAGCUCAGCCUGAGCGAGCAGAAGAUUUCGCUGCUGUUUCCGAAGUGCAAACCGCGCAGUGACUACCACCACUAUGUCCUGAGCAGUGGUGCGAGUGCAAACGGUGGUGGUGGUGUUGGUGGUGGUGGUGGUGGUGGUGGUGGCAAAAACAGUAACAAUAAUUGCCUGAUGGACGUCGGCAGCCUGUCGCUCGGGACGUACGUGACGCGCACGAGCCCGCCGACGGUCGCCACAGCGCAAGGGGCCGGACCGGCCAAGGUUUACAUGGACAUGGGGACGUUCGGCAAUAACAAUGGCGGUGGUGGUGGUGGUGGUGGUGGUAGUGGUACGGGCGAGUUUGAGUACGGUGCGGAGAAGGAGCUGGUCGUCGGCAAGGGCGGCAGCAAUAGCAGCAACGUCACCAGCAGCAACAACAACAACAACAAUAACAACAACAACAGCAACAACAGCAGUACCGGCAACGCAGGCAGCGGCAGUGCCGGUGGCAACAACAACCACUACGGUGGCAACAUCAAGGGCGAACUGUACGGCGGCAUCGGUGGGGGCAGCACCGGCGGCAGUGUGAAGCACGGUGCGCCCAAUCAAUCGGCCGCCAAGGGGGGCGGCAGCACCGUCCCGGACGGGUACGGCUACUACUACAGCAAUCAACCGCCGCCGCUGACCUGCUCGCCAACCGAAACUCAAUCUGCUAUCAGCGCCGCGUUGGGCAACGGAGGUGGUGGUGGUGGUGCUGGUGGCCCCUCCACCGGUCUUCUCCUGUCCGACGAGGACGACACGCGGGACGAGCGGCUGAAGCGGGAGGCUGCCGGUGCGGGACCGACCCCACGAUGGAUGGAGCGCAACUACUGCCACCUGUCCGUCUCGCACUACCCGUCCACCGGGCCCAAGUCGAAGGGAGGCGGGCCGGGGGUCGGUGGCGGCAGCACUGGUGGUGGCGGUGGUUCGAUGAUGCAGCCACCGAAGCGGGCGGGUGUAGUGGGGUCCGGCUCCACCUACAAGCCGGUGAGCUGCUACAACAUGGUGCUGCAGUCGCCGCUCGAGGACGAGAGCGACAUGGAGGACAAGCUGAAGUACUUCAACUACCAGCACGAGAUGCAGACGUACAACGGUACGCGCAAGGACAAGCUCGGGCUCGGGGGCUAUGGUGCGCUCGGGGGUGACGGUGGGGCCGCCGGUGAGGGCGAGAUCGUUGUGCUGAGCAGCAAUGCCAAGGAGCACGGCAACACGCUGUCGGUGGCGCAGCCAAAACUGCAGGACCUGCCGGACGAGGGGCCGACCGCCCGGAAGGGGCUGCUGCACUUGGGGCAAAAGCUGGAGCACGGACCGCACGUGGGGCUGAGCGUGGCCAGCCCGAGCGUGGAGCAGUGCGAGCCCGCGGUCGACUUUGCCGACAAGCUGCUGGGACACUAUCCGGCCAAGCGGGACGAGGGCGAGGCGGAGCUAGCGGAGAACAAGUCCCAAAGCACCGGGUCGAACAUUAUCGAAUACGACGGUUCGCCGCGUCGGUUUGGCCUGAACCUUUGCGACGAAAGCGACUGCUACCUAGCGUCCAGCGUGAAGAUAAACCUGACCUCACCGUCACUGCUAUCGCUACCUCGUCCCGGCUUCCCUCAGCGCGUAGUACCCGCUACAGUCGGUACUGCCGGCAGCGGCAGCAGUAUGGCUGGUACCGUCGCUCAAACGUCCUCCACCAAUGCCAGCUGUUCGCCUUCGCUGCUCGACCAGGUCAACUCCACUCUCAGCAAGACGCUGCUGCUCGAUUCGAAACGAUCCGCAAACGAUACCGAAUGUACGAGCAGCUACGGCGCUGGAGAGCUUCCCAAAGUUUCCGGGACGCGCAAGGAACAGCAGCAGCAGCAGCAGCAUCAGCAGCAGCACCACGACCAUCACAUCUACGACAUGCUGCCCGGCAAGCUAUCACCGUCCGAGAUGGGCGGCAAGACGAGCCUGGAAAAGUUGCAGCUGAGCGCCCAAACGCCCGAGAACGAGCUGCAGCACAUCGGUGGCACGUCCGGCUUUCCGCCGAUCGCCAACUCCUCCACGUUCGACUAUCUGUACGAGUUUUCGGAGACGCGCAAAGUGCUGGAGGAGUUCUUCAAGUGCCCCUCGACCGAGGACGUGGAAAAGUUCAGCGACUACAAUGACAGCGCAGAGGAGGAGGACGAGGAGGACGGGGAGGAGGAGGAUGGGGAGAGUCUGGAUGUGCACUAUGACUAUCCGGUCGAGCUGGAGCGCUCGAAAACGAUCGAAACGACGUACAUUGGCAACGUGAAUGGGGCGGCAGGCAAGCAGGACACGCUGGUGCGCUCGCCCAAGUCGCCGCUGCUGGGCGACGGGCCGGCUCGCCGGGAGGAGGACGACGACACGGCCGACGUGGAGGACGAGGAAGAGGAGGAGGACAGAGAGGAGGAGGACGACGAGGACGACGCGAAGGCAAACGGGUUGGCGAAGUACAGCUACAAGCUGAAGAGCAAAUCGACCCGCCUGUCCGACUACUGCGGGCUGCGCAAGAAGAAAUCGGACGCCCAUCUGAAAGGCCACAGUGGUGGCAACAGCGGUUUGGGGGUGGUAGAUGUGUCGGAUCGGUACUGCAGUGCGGCCGAGUACGACCGGCGGGAAGAUGACGGUGUGCGGCUGUCGCUAAAGUCCACCCUCCAGUCGGCUAGUGAUGCGCGCGACUACGCCAUGUACGUGCAGAGUGGCCUACUGAAUAGCUACCCGGAACAGCAGCAACAGCAGCAACAGCAGCACCAGGCUGAACCACCGAACCAGCCACCCAACCAGCAUGCCAACAUGGGCGAGCUGCGGUUCAGCGCGUACAUCAACGGGGAGAGCCGCACCAGCAGCUACGAUGCCAUCAACGAGGCGAACUACGACGGCCAUCCGAUGAUCUCGAACGGCAGCGACAAGGACCCGCUGCACUACUCGCUCAACGGGGACGGUGGCGACGGGCGCAAGGUGUACGCGCGCAAGUACAGCAAAAACUUCAACUACUCGCCCGACACGACCGACUACGACUCGAACUGUGGCGACUACGAUAGCGAAAUCUCGCCCCAGUACGGCAGCGACUUCGGGCUGAUCUCGGGCAACGGGGCGACGAUGUGCGACGAUCUAAACAAUGGCGUGAUCAGUGCGACCUCGGGCGCACCGUCCGGCCCGGGCGAGUCGCUCAACUGUCUGUUCGCGAACAACGCGAACAACUACACGCGCUACUACGCCGCGAUGCCGGUGCUGGAGGACGGGCUGUCCAGCGGGCACGUCUCCGACUCGGAGAACAAUCUGAGCGCGAACCCGAUGACGGGCCUGCUGCCGCCCGAUCUGGUCACGGUCGGCAGCGUCAAGCAGCACGGGCAGGCUGGCAGCAAUGGCGGCAUGAUGCAGUCGGCCGGCCCGGCCACCGGCCCGUACGGUUUGCUGGGCGCACAGUCACCGUCCGUUACAGCGAAGCCAUCGAUAUCCUCGUCACCUAGCAUGUCGAAGGAGCUGAUAGCCGCACAAGGUCCACACGUACAACAGCAGCAGCAGCAGCAGCAUCAGCAGCAACAGCACCAACCACAACAGCAGCAACAGCAGAACCAAGGCACGAACGUGGAGGGCUACUUCGUCAACAACACCUUCCGCAUGGGAAAUCUCAAGCUAAACUCUAGUAUGCUGCACAACGCCAGCAUAUUUAAGAAUCGCGACCCAGAGCUGGAGUCUCUCUACACCAUAAAUACUAUCCAAUCGACACCGCCACCUCCAGCCCCAGCACCGCACAGGAAGUCUUCGAUCGAUUGUGAUAACAUGUCGCUGUUGCAGCAGCAGCAGCAACAGCAACAACAACAACCGGGACAGCAGCAAAAGCAACACCAGCUGCAACAUCUACAGCAACUUCAGCAGCAGCAACAGCAAUCGCAACAGCAACAGCAGCAGCAAGGGCAACCCCAACAACCGCAACAAUCACAGCAACAGCAGCAGUUCAACCACGGCCAGGCGACCAGCGCCGACGUGCAGUCCACGCUCAAGGACAUUCGGCUGUGUCUGCAGAAGACGAAGAGCCUGAACCUAGCUAGCGGCAACCAAUCGCGGAAAGCGUUCGACAAGGGCAGCCUGUGCGCGACCGGCGACUUUCCCGACCCGCUCGGCCCGGUGGGCAGCGGGACGGUCGGAACCGCCGGCAGCGGUGGCGGCGCCGGCACCGGCUCGAGCCUCUCCCCGAUCUGGAUACCGCGCACACGCGCCAGCGACGACUUUGCCGGCAAACCGCUCGCAGGGGCAACGGGCCCGACUGCGGCCAGCGGCACUGGAGCGCUGUCGAACGGGCUGCAGCCCGGGGUCGGAGUUUCUGGGCCGUCCUGCAAGCUCUCCUCUUCGCCGGUCUGCUCCAAACCGGUGGCCGUCGCAGGGCCCGAUUUCGCCGACGAGACGGACGUGCUGAUCGGACAGGGCGCUGGUGGGGCAGCCACGAAACCGCUGGCCCUGGUGGACGAGGACGAGGACCCGGACACCGAUCUCGAAACCGACCGGCUGCUCGGGCACCAGCGGCUCGACGACCAGGGCUUCUACGACGAGAGCGGCAGCGGCAAGCUGUGGAGCACGGGCGAGCGCAAGACAGGCGCCUCGCGCCUGCUCACCCUCGGCAAGGUCUCGCCGAAGCAGCAGCAGCAGCAGCAGCAGCAGGGCGCAUCCCAACCGGCCGGUGUGGCCGGUGGCGCAGCGCGGGAUACGGCCGCGAACGGGAAGCUGCCCGCCGCCGGUCCGCUCGGCGAGCGGCUCGGGGGCACGGUGGGAGUGCGCAACGGUCCCCAGCCGAACGGAAGCACCGGAGGAAGCAGCUUCCUUCCCGGGGGUGGCGGCAGCGGCAGCUCGACGGGUAUGGCGGGCACCGGCGCCAGCGUUCCCCUGCCGGAUCUUGGUAUUGCGGCCGCGGCGACGCUGCCGCCAGUGUCCGGCGCGCCCAGCACGGUGAAUGGUGGCGCCGGCGGGACGGCCAGCGCCAAGAGCGCCAAGCCGCCGAGCGGCAACCUGAUCAACUUCAACGGUCCGAACGAGCCGCAGACGCAGCUGACGUCGCCGAAUCCGAGCCCGCAGCACUCGCUCGGCGAGGGCAACCUGCUGGACAAGUCGAACGAUUCCGGCAGCCCGGGCGGGUCGACCAAAUCGAAAUCGCUGCACAACAACGACUCGAAGCGAAAGUCGAAGAACAAGGAGGUUCUUAUUGAAGGUGUCCUGUUCCGGGCCCGUUACCUAGGUUCUACCCAGCUCGUGUGCGAAGGACAGCCCACAAAGUCGACCCGCAUGUUGCAGGCAGAGGAAGCCGUAUCUAGAAUAAAGGCUUUGUCACCGGACGGUGAGGUUCAGCCCAGCACGGAGGUCGACCUGUUCAUCUCGACCGAAAAGAUCAUGGUGCUGAACACGGACCUGAAGGAGAUAAUGAUGGACCACGCGCUCCGCACCAUCUCCUACAUUGCCGACAUCGGUGAUCUGGUGGUGCUGAUGGCCCGGCGCCGCUUCGUGCCGCAGGACGUCGACUCGACCGACUCGUCGGGUGGGGCGGGCACCGGCUCGGGCACGCACACGGCCGGGCACGGGGCGGGCAGUGGCAGUACGCCCUCCCAGAAGCUGGCCGGCGGCCCGAAGGGCAACCGGACGCCGAAGAUGAUCUGCCACGUGUUCGAGAGCGAGGAGGCCCAGUUCAUUGCGCAGAGCAUCGGGCAGGCGUUCCAGGUCGCGUACAUGGAGUUCCUGAAGGCGAACGGAAUUGAGGACCACAGCUUUAUGAAGGAGAUGGACUACCAGGAGGUGCUGAACAGCCAGGAGAUCUUCGGCGACGAGCUGGAGAUAUUCGCCAAGAAGGAGCUGCAGAAGGAGGUGGUGGUGCCGAAGGCGAAGGGCGAAAUACUCGGCGUGGUCAUCGUCGAGUCCGGCUGGGGCUCGAUGCUGCCGACGGUCGUGAUCGCGAACCUGGCGUCGGCGGGGCGGCCGCCCGCUGCGGGGUACAUCAAGAACACCAAGAACCAGACGGUGGUGAAGUUCACGGUCGUGCCGUGCGCGCCGGUCGUGGAGGUGAAGAUCAAGCGCCCGAACACCAAGUACCAGCUCGGCUUCAGCGUACAGAACGGUGUGAUUUGCAGCCUGCUGCGUGGAGGAAUUGCGGAGCGGGGCGGUGUUCGCGUGGGCCACCGCAUCAUCGAGAUCAACAACCAAAGCGUCGUCGCGGUACCGCACGAAAAGAUUGUGAAUCUCCUAGCCACGUCUGUUGGUGAGGGGCGUCUAAACAAACGGCUGCACCUCGGUUGUAACCCCCCCUUUUCUGUUGUUGGUGUUGUGUUGGUCCCCGAUCACGAUCCCCGACCGCAACCCGCAUCAACCUCAACUCCGGGUAAGAUGCCCAAACUUCUGGACAGUGAUCUCGACUCACCGAUAGCGAACCUGAUCAAGCGCGGGCCCGGCGCGACCAUCAACAACGGCAGCAGCUCGAGCAAGCAGAGCGCCCACUACUCGAACGACACGACCAGCGAGAAGUCGGACGGCGGCGGCCCGUUCGAGUCGAUCGUCGGCCGGCACCAUCUGGUCGGUGGCGGCGUCGGCGGCGGCGGCCUCGGCGGUGUCGGCGGCAACUCCAACUCGUCGUCCUCGUUCUUCUCGUCCGCGUACGACGCGAAGGACGGGUCGAACGAGGGCGGCGGCAGCAGCUACGGCAGUGCGGCCGUAGGCCUGCCAGCCGGCCCGCCGGCCCUCGGCGGUUCCGGGCAGCCGCCGCCGCUGCCGCCCCAGAGCGCGUUCUUUCAAUCAACCGCCACUGCAACCACCACCGCCAGCAGCAACCACCGGGACGGCGGGAAGGGCGCGCCCGCCGCCGGUCCCGAGUCGCGUGUCAAAAAGUAUCGCCAUCAGCAGUUCAGCAAGAACAUCUACAUCGGCACGAAGAACGCGGAGAAGUGGGACACGCUCCGGAACGUGCUGCUGUUCAAGAACGAUGUGGAGUUUGUGUCCUUUCUGCUCAAGCUGGCGGAGAGCAACUGCUGGAAGAAGGACUCGCCGCUGCUGAACGGAUUUUAUAGUGAAACGCUACCGCUGAAGCCGCAAGGAGCCGCCACCAAGGGUGGGCGGACCAAAUCGGGCUCCCGUGGCAAGCAGCAGCUGCAGGAGCCGCCACAGGACAACCAGCAAGUGCUCGACCAGCAACAGCAGCAGCAGCAGCAGCAGCAGCUACAGUCGUCAUCAAUCAGCUUCGCCGGCGCCAAAUCGAUCGGGGGCGCGGGCAAGAAAACCAAGAGAGUACAAUUUAAUAAGAAUGUAAAUAUUAUCCAUAAGCUCGAGGACGGCAGCCGGCGCAAGAUGGUGUCCUUCGGUGAGAAGGCCCUGGCGGACGAGCCGGCCCCGCACCAGCACGACGAGGACUCCGCGCCCGUACCUGACGACGAGGACGGUGGUGGGGAGGACGAGGACGACGACGACGACGACGACGACGAGGGGGAGGAGAUGGAGGAGGACGCGGAGGACCCGGAGGAGGACGAGGAGGAGGGCGAGGACGGCGAGGAGGGCGAGGAGGACGAGGAGGAGGAAGAGGAAGAAGAGGAGGAGGGCGAGGAGAAGGAGGCGCUGGCGGGGAGCGGGGCGGAGGGCCCGGCCGAGGAGCGGAAGGUCGAGCCGGCGUUCCUCGGCGACGGCAGCAAGGAGGAGCAGGAGCAGUCGAGCGUGAGCAACCACGACGCGUACCUGAUGGACGACCUCGUGAAGAAGACGCUGCGCAAAACGCUCCCGCCACCGACCACGCCCGCGUCCGCGGCGCCGAACCGGCAGCAGCAAAGCAACGAGGUGCAGCAGGACUCGAUCAGCAGCACGAUGGGAUCGGUUUCAGAGGACUCCCUCAACACGGAGACGGAGGUGCUGGACUACCGCAUCGCGGAGAAGAUCAAAACCGAGCUGGAGGAGAAGCAGAAGCUGGAGCGCCGGGCACACACCGGCGGCGAGGAGCUGCCGACCACGUCCAACUUCUUCGACCAGUGCGACCAGUUCGAGCCGCCGGAGGAGAAGCCGCCGGUCCCGGCCGCCCCCAAGAAGGGCGUGGACCGGUCCCGUGCCACGGGCGCGACCGAUCGCCCCGCGUACGGUGGCGUACGCAAGCGGGGCCGACGUGCGGCCACGGCCCACGACUCGGCCAACGUCGACCUGCACAUCGAGUACGAGGAGCAGGAGUACCGGCCGCUGCCUGGGGCGGCUCGGGGGACCAGCACGGCCGAGGGGGGGCCCUCGGCCGAGAAGGCCGCCUUCCUGGGGCCCGCCGGCCGCCAGCUCGGGCUGGGCUCGCACGGCACUGCGCCGGCCGGCCGCCGGGCGAAGGGUACCGGCACGGCCAAGAACAAGGUGUGCACCGGGUGCAGCAUCAAGCACGGGGCGGACCAGUGCCCGCUCAGCACGCCGCUGCGUGCGAUCAGCAACAAAAUCGAGCUUACCCAGUGGCUGGAGCAGAACGAGGACCUGAUCAAGAAGCACAAGCUGUUCCUGAAGCCGCCCGGCACCGGCGACGAGCUGGACGACGAGAUGGACGACCAGUACGACGAGGACGAGGACGACGACGAGGACGACGUUGAGGACGAGGAGGACGACGGCGGGGAGAGCAGCCGGGGCAAUGGGAAGGUGGAGCUGACGCCCUCCUUUUCCGAGGUGUCGGUGCCGCCCGAGUUCGAGCUGCGGCCCUGCCCGCAGUCGAGCGCCAACGGCACGAUCAGCAGCACCACGCAGAGCGCAGACGCGCUGCAGCUGCAAAAGCUGGGCCAGCUGGGUGACUCGCAGCCACCGGUAUCGCUGCCCCAGCAGCAGCAGCAACAGGGGCAGGGGCAAAGCCACGACCUGCAGCAGGAUCAGGACUCGCUGCUCGACUCCAAGAGCUCCCUGCCACCGGCUGCAGCGCUGGCCGGGUUCGCCGGCACGCUCGGGGCGGACCGGGAGACGGCCCCCAAGAGCCGGCCGGCCGGCGGGCACGGUCUCAGCAUCUACACGACCACCUUUAUCGCGAAGUAUACGAAACUAGGGCCCCUCACCGGGCAGAUUGUGCGCGAGACGGAGAUCCAGGACGACUGCACGAUGCGCCACAUCUUCGAAACGUUCGACGGCGCCAAGUCGACGUACACCAGCACGGAGAACAAAAACUUCUCCAACUGGUUGCGCUACAUCCGGCCGGCCCGCAACCGGGAGCAGAAGAACUGCGUCCUGCAGGUGCACGACGGCAGCAUCUACUUCGUCACGUGCCGGGACCUGGAGCCGGGCGCCGAGCUGCUCUAUUGGAGCAACGACAGCAACUCGGCCUGGGGCAAGAAGAAGAUGGAGAAAACGAACUGCGGCGGCUGCAACCUCAAGUUUGACCAUCCGUUCUACUACCGCACCCACUGCUCGGUGUUUCACGAUCCCGGCUUCAGCCUGACAAUCCGCAAGUACCACUGCAAGGUGUGCGGUGCGGCCGUGCUCGGCAAGGAGAACAUCAUGAAGCACGCCGAAAAGCUGCACGACGGCAAGGGCGCAUAUCAGUGUCAAUUCUGUCAAAAGUUCUUCCUGCGGCUGAACUAUCUCGAGAUGCAUCGCACGUACGGCUGCAGUGCGAACCCGCAGCGCACCCGGCCGCUGUGCGAUUUCUGCGGCCGCAAGUUCUGCCAGCCGCAAAAGCUGAAGGUCCACAUCAAGCGGAUGCACAGCGACAUGGCGGACGUGCUGCGCGACUUCCAGUGCAAGCUCUGCUCGAAGCUGCUCGGCUCGCGGGCCGCCCUCCAGCGCCACUCGAAGGAGGUGCACAGCCGCAACUCGGCCGUCGUCAGCUGCCCGCGGUGCCAGAAGCUGUUCCAGAACCGGUCGAACCUGAAGAUCCACAUGCUGACGCACUCGGGCGUCCGGCCGUUCAAAUGCGCGGAAAACGAAUGUACGGCUGCGUUUACGACUAAGCAGUGUUUGCAGUUCCACUACAAGAAGGUGCACGGCUACACCCAGGAGCAGAUGCCAAAGAUCGAGCGUAGUGUGGCGUACACGUUCGACGCUUACUCUGGCGGGCUGAACGAUGGAAUCAUUGAUGAGGUCCAGCGUCGGCAGAGACACAAAUCGACCGCAUCGGAGGAGGGCGGGUACGGCGGUGAGAAAGUGGAGCGGAAAAAGCGCUCACGCCAGUUGGCCCAUUUCGACGAGACGUCAUCGCUGCAGCAGCAGCAGCAGUCCGAGCUUGGGCUUGGGCACGAACCGGUCGACCAGGCGAAGGUAACGCCCCAGCACCUCCAACAGCAGCUGUCGCCACAGCAGCCGCAGCUAGACUAUCCCAACACACCUCCCGCCGUGCAGCGCCUCUCGACGACACAUCCAUCAACCGGUCAGCUCGUAAUGCCGACUGCCGACCUGCUCCAGAAGGACGCCGAGAUGCACCAGCAGAAGCUGCUUCGUCAGCAGCAGCAGCAGCAGCUCGGCGCCGUACAUCAAGCCGACGAGCAGCAGGACGAGCAGGGCGUGGAGCAGAGCAACGCGCUGCACCAGCACGAGCUGCACCAGGCCGACCCGCACCUGGACGACCCGGUGCUCGGGAAGGCGGAGCAGGAGCAGGAGUCGGCGCUGCACCAUCACCACCAUCACCAGCAGUUGGCCCGGCUGCCGUCGCCCUUCUCGAACAAUCUGCUCAAGACGAAAAACAUCCUCGAGUCGUUCAACGAUCUCUGCCGGAACGAGAGCAACCUGUCGCUGCUGUCGACGAAGAUCAGCUCGAUACUGAACAACAACCUGAAGGACAUUGCGAAGGUGGCGGCGAUCGGCACGCCGGCGGGCAGCAACGGCGGCAGCGUGGAGGACAUCCGCAAGAGCAUGCUCGAGCAGCAGGGGCUGGACGGGGAGAGCCGAGCCGAUCGGCUGGAGGACCUACAGCAGCAGCAGCAGCAGCAGCACCACCAGCACCAGCAGCAGCAUGAGCAACAGCAGCAACAGCAGCAACAUCAUCAUCAGCAGCAGCAGCAGCAGCAGCACCUUGUCCACCAUGCCCUGGCAGACGAACAGUCGAAGCCGAACAGCCUCAACGUGAGCCAGCUGCAUCGGCUCAACAUAUCAAACCAGCUGGAUGCGGGCUCGGCGGCGGCUGCGGCGGCUGCCGCGGCAGCAGCAGCGGCGGCGGCGGCGGCGGCCGCCCUCCAGUACAAGCCGGGCACGGGCGAGGACGAGCUGAAGAGCGUCGGCGAGGUGGACAGCAGCUUCGUCGACAUGGCGUCGCUGGCGAGCAACCUGAAGUACAAGGAGUACAUCAACGGAGGCGGCAACGCGGGGCUCGUGAUCAGCAAGGGCAGCAAGAAGUGGAUCAGCGACGCGGACCAGCUGCCGGGCGGGGGUGGAGGCGGCGACAGCGGCGGCGGCCAGCAGGGGGCCGAGCCGGGCGGCAUGCUGAGCACGGUGACGGGGCGCGACUUCCUCACCAAGCUGAUCAUGAACGGGAACGUCAACACGCCGCCGCCGAACGUGGCGGACGAGGAGGAGGAGGACGACGACAACUCGACCAUACUGGACGUGGUCGACUCGAACAACCCGAACCAGCAGAGCUCGCACGCCCAGCUCCAGCAGUACACGUCCAACUUUACCGGCCUCAACCUGCCCGACCUGCCCUCCUUCCAGAGCCACGCGUUCCAGGGGCACUUCAACCACCAGACGCUGCUCGGCUCGUUCUACAACAAUGCGGGCACGGGCGGGGCGGGCCGCAACACGAUCAACACCAUCCCGACGUCGGCGAGCAUGCUGGUGGAGGCGGCCCUCAACUCGGUCAGCAACAUCAUCACCGAGGCGGAGAUCAGCACGAACCAGGGCGGCCAGAGCCAGGGCGGCCUCCAUCUGAGCCACAUCGAUCCGGCGGCCAGCGGGACGGACGCUACUGGCAGUGGAGGCGGCGGAGGCGGCGGUGGCAACAACAACAACAACAACAGCCUGUCCGGCGGCACCUUCGCGACCGGCCCGAUCGACGAGUCGGUGGACGAGAUGAAGCUGCUCAAGUCGCACCACUUCUCGAUGCAGCUCAACUCGAUCUCGCAGUACUCGGCCCAGUCGACGAACGACUCGGGCAUCCUGUCGAUCCGGGGCGCGGCCAGCGGCCGGCCCAAGUCGCGCGAGAAGCUCGCCAUCUACGAGGACAGCGAGAUGCUCGGGUACGAGGGCCAGCAGCAUCUCGGCCAGCAGCUGCAGGGCACGCCGCACAACAAGCUGACGGCGAGCGUUGACUCCGUGCGCAGUGCGCUCUCGCCGGACGGGCAGACGGGUGAGUUUGGGUACGCGGCGACACCGAGCGCCGCGAGCCGACAGCACAUCGGGGCCAGCGGGUCGCCGGUGCGGUCCAGCUCGCGCCAGAUCUACGCCGAGCACGAUCUGAUCUCGCCCGCCUCGACGCCGUCGCUGCCGCGGUACGACUUCGGCCCGACCGAUGCCGGCCACUACGGCAGUGCCGGCCGGCGCCAGGACGCCAAAACGAUCAGCUCGCUCACGCUCGACAGCUUCGAGUCGAACCUGAAGGAUGCGCACCACAUGCAGCAGCUGUCGAGCGACGAGGACAACAGCAUCGUGAUCGCGGAGAACCUGUCCGUCAGCGCGGUCCAGUCGGAGGAGUCGAAGCUGAAGCUGGCGAGCGGGUCGGCGGCGGCGGUGGCGGCGGCGGCCACCAACAGCAACGCGCCGAGCAACGCCGGCAGCGGGGCGGCCGACUUCAUCCAGAACCACCAGAAGUACGGCGAGACGGGCCGGGCGCUCGGCGGCUCCAACCUGCCGACCACCGCGGACAUGCGCAUCAAGUACGGCACCGACGAGCUGGUCGACUUUCAGCGCAACAGCGCGCUCGGGGACGCGUCCGACUUCCAGGGGCUGGACAUGUCGUCCCGGUCCACCGUGUCCGCCUACCACCACACGAACUUCCAGCUGUCGACGCAGGCGGGCAGCAAUCUGCACUUUAACCGCUACCACCAUCACAUCUACGACAUACUGAGCGAGCGGGAGCAGCAGCAGCAGCAGCAGCAGCAGCAGCAGCAGCAGCAGCAGCAACAGCAGCAACAGCAGCAGCAGCAACAACAGCAACCUCAGCAACAACAAUCCCAACAACAUCAUCAUCAGCAACAGCAGGCCCAACAGCAACAGCAGCAACAACAACACCAUCAACAUCAACAUCAGCACCAUCACCAUCAGCAUCAAACACAGCAACAACAACAACAACACACUCAACAACAACAACAGCAGCAGCAGCAGCAACAACAAGAAUCGUUCCAGCUCGAGCAAACCCAGCUGCAGCAUCUCGUGCAGGAGCACGUCCAGGGCCAGGACUCGGACGCGGACCAGUCGGUGACGGUGGACCUGAGCCGCGGCUCCAGCUACCUCGUCCAGUCGCCGCCGACGCCCGCCCUCUCCUACAGCAGCCACCACCAUCCGGACAUGAUACGGAUGGUGUCGCUCGAUCUCAGCUCCAACACCGGCUCGCACCACGCGGUCAACAAUGGGUCGCAUCACGCGGUGCGCCACGCCACCUCCUUCCUCUCCACCCAGAUACAGCCGGGCGACCACCAUCGGCUGCUGGCCGGGGACCAGCUGUCCGCCGCCGGCAACCAUCGCCUGCUGGUCAGCGACCCUGCCACGCACCUCAUCUUCGAGCAGAACAACCGGCUGCUGUCGGACGCUAGCGGGCAGCCGGCCGCGGCAGCCCCGCCGCCCCCUCCACCGCGCCACGUCGUGUCGCCGAGCCGUGGGUUCGGGGCGUACCACCAUCAUCACCACCAUCACCAUCACCAUCAGGUCGGCUCCACCAACUAUCACCAUUCGAUGAAGCAGAACAUUGCCUCGCCACCGAUCAACCAGCACGGCUCGUCGGCCGCCGCCGCCGCCGCCUAUCACCCAUUCCCGACGUACUAUUAAACUGAGGUGACAGAGAGGAUACAAUACAGGAUACCAAGGUAGUUGUACAGCUUUUGUCGAUGGCACAAAGGGUUUGAAGAAAAAAAAAACUCUCUCACACACACCCACACCCUCGAAUUUUGACUGAGAAAAGAGAUACGCGGUCAUCUAGUGUCCGUAGAAUAAGUAACUGAUGUCUACCCAAACAAAGAAAGCAACAAAACAAAACAAAAACAAAGAAAGAUUAUCUAGAUUUGCCAUGCAAGGAGAGCGAAAGAGCGAACGAUAAAGCGGCGGCGAACCAGUAUUGAUGUGUAGGACGCGGUGUUGCACUUAAAAGUUAAGUCGCUAAAGUCGUCAUCCUGCUCGUCCGCAGCCCUGCAGGCCGACCGACCGACCAACGUUGGGGAAGCGAUGCUUGAUUUUUUAAGUAAAUUCAGCACCUUAUUCAGCACCGUCACGCGUAACGCGGCGUUACGUUGCGUUGCGUCGCGUGGGUGGAGCUUCUUUGCAGCCGUGCGCUUCACCGCUAACCGAGGGCUUACCGGGUGUUCCACUUCAUGAUAGUGGACCUUUUUUUGCACAAAUUAAAAAAAAAACAUAGAGAUGAACUCAACCCGCAAAACGAACGAACGGUGAUUACGUUCUGAGCAUCAAAGGGAAGAUCAGAAUGAAACCAAACAACAAAAACAACAACAGAAGCAGAAACAAACAACAGACAAAACGAAUAGUAAUAUUAACGGUCCCACCAAAUGUUGCAAACUUAACGGCGCAUCGUUCAAAACCUCGAAAACGAUACUCUCAUACAAAUAAAAAACAAACUACGAAUAUUAACACGCACCAAAUGAAACAUGAAAAAUUAAACGCAAACAAAAACAAACAAACAAUACGAAUCAACAACAAACACGCUGUCCUGUAUGGCUGUAUAGCUGCACAACCGAUCGGAUCUCUUCCCAAUCGCCGGACGACUCGCGGACGCCGAGUUCAGGGGAGUCAGACAUCAGAGGUACUGGUCAAAGCUGUGCGUUACUGUGCAAUAUUUAAGAGAUGCGGCUGGGAUCGAACACACUCUCUCUCUCCCUCUCUCUCUCUCUUAUCCUUACACGAAGUGUAAAUGUGCCAAACAAAAAAGAAUAAGAAGAAGAAGAAGAAAAUGAUACUCAUCAAAUCCACAUCUCAAGUUCAAGCCCUUUAGUUUCGUUUCCUUUCGGGUUGUUGUAUGCUCAGCUAUCUCAGGAAGGAUCGCACGCACGCACACAAAAUCCAAUGCCAGGCCAGCACUCAUCGGCGGGAGUUCGUGUUGAUUAGUAAGCGUUAGUACGCGUUAGUAACGUUUCCUUUGCGUUUCAGUUGUUGCCCCUUGUUGCUCGAUGAUAGUAGGAACGCACAGAACGCUCGAGCGCUUACUCGAAAACCGAAACGUAUCAUUUGUACAGAGAGGUGCGCGGGCAGCUACUAGCCGGUUUGUUAAAAUUGUCGUACUAAAUGAGUGCGAGAAAGAGAGAGAAUGAGAGUAAGAGAAGGCAAAAAGGAGAGAGCGAGAUAUCUUACAAACUUCAGUGUUAUACCAACCUUCCAAGCAUCCAACCUUACGACGGAUUGCACUCCUUAUUGUACCCACCCAAUUGUUGUUGCUUUUCUAAGUGUCAGUUCAGUACCAUCCUGGCCUCCUUUUCUGUCCCGAUCUACUUCAAAUAAUUACUAAAUAGAAUUUGUGUGUGUUUAACAAUCAAAUGGAAACAGAUACCGAUUACAAAAGAAAGUAAAACAAAAAAAAAAGAAAGAAACAAGCAAAACAUAAUAAAUACACCUAAUCCUUUUACAGAUUUAAGGAUCUAAGAAGCAUUGUAGAAUCACAUACACGAUGAUGAAAAGGGAAAGAAAAAACACAUCUUUGAUGAAGUAUAUUACUUACUACUGGUUUAAUGUGAAUAAUAGACAUCAAGACUACACCGGCACGCGGUGUGUGUGUGCGUAAAACAGAAUUUAUAGGAAGAGAAAGAGGCAGAGAGAAAGGGAUAGAGCAAGAGAGAAAGGUAGAGGGAUAGAGAGAGAAAGCGAGAGAUACACAUAAAACGAUAGCCAUAAAAAAAAAACACUGUCAACAUGAUAAGAGAGGUGCAAAAGGGAGGAGAGAAAGAAAAGCAAGUAAUGAACAGAGUAGCGCUGUCCUUUAAAAAGGCCAAGUGUAUUAUAAAUAGAUCGUAAUAAAUAUAUAUAAAACUAA